AUGGCCUCAAGGAUCAAAACCAAAAUAGGUCAAUGGAUGCCUAUGAUCGGUUACCAUCAUGUCUUGAUGAUCCUAUCAGUCAUAACAAUUAUUUUGCUAUCCAUUCUACUUGCAGGCUGUUCUGCUUCCAAUAGUCUCAGCAAGGUAUACUUAUUGUCGUUGGAGUAUAAGAAAGAUUAUCCAUUAUCUAAAGCGCCCGGACAAGUGAGCUCAGCUAUUGCGCAUGCGGUUCACAAUGUGUCGCAAGCUCGCAACGGAGAGACUUUUGAAGUGCGAGUGGGAUAUAUGGGCAUCUGUGUGACGCAGAGCCACACAGGACGUAUCUGCUCUUCCAACGCACAGGUGUUGGCAAAUUUGAUCCAGACGCAGAAGUAUGUCAAAAAUGGGAAUACCAGCACAGAAACGAUACCAGAUCCGCUCAAUUUGAUCAUGAUUGCGAACGAGUUCAAGGAGAAGAUUGUAUUCGAUGGGCUGAUAUAUAUUGUGGUGGCCUUGACUUUUAUUUGUAUUCUGCUCCUAUCGACAUUCCCAGGAUGGCAUGAGGAAGUUGAUGACGAGGGCUCAAUGCGUGCGGUGAAACCAUUUCCUAGCAGACCGGUGACGUGGGCUUGUUCACUGAUCAUGGUUACUGGAUUUGGAUUUGGUCUUAUCUCGAUACUGUGGCAGCACAUCAAUAGCAGUGCUACAGCGACAAUGACCGAAAUGCUUACUUAUGGCGCUGUCUCGGGCCAUGUGGGAGGCGUGGCGAUGGCGUUAGGGUGGCUCUCUGUAGGGCUGAUUUCGUUAGUCGCUCUCGGGAUGCUCGUAAUGAUACUGAGUAUACAGUUAAUCAUGAAACUUACGGAGGAGUGA